AUGGCAGAGCUCGACGUCAGCCCGCAGAUUCGGUCUCUGUUUGGCGACGCGACCACUUUUGCACUCCUACCUUCUGAAUUACAGAAUAUCAGCUGGUGGGAAACUUCGACCGAAAUAUUAGACGCUGUUGCGGAGGCGUCUCUCAUCAACCCCCGGCUCACCGAUCGCAUAUUCGCCCACUUUGAGCCUGUGUUUCCCGACAUAGCAGCACGAUGGAUCCUCAGAUCCUCAACCGCAGAUGGUGUGAGGAUUGCUCGUGUGAUUUAUGCUUUUGCGAGGAUAUUACCAUUUGCUCCCCAUCUAUCUGUGUUCCUUGAAGACUUUUUGAGUGGGCGGGGCGUGAGAAUCCAGGAUGUGGCCCAUAACCCAACGCUAGUCGCUAACCCACCCAACUCACCAAACAUCUUGGAGCAAUUUCCAUUGCCUGAUAUUGAGGCCAUCUUGGUUUCGAUAUGGAGACUUAUGAGUUUUGAUCGGGAGGCCUACUCGCAACUUGUGCCGGCGCGAGUCGAGACAUUAUUUCAUCAUCCAAAGAGAUCAGUCAGAUAUCUGGCUAUUCGAAUCUUCUGUCAGCUUUUCUCGGCUUCUGACUUUACUUUGGAGACUCUCAUUGGGCAAUACGUCCAGGGCACUGAGAGCUUAGAAGCUUGGCUGGAUGGCGACACAGUGGACUAUCUAUUUCUAACCCUCCUAGAGCAUGCUCGAGCCAAACGAGUGCAAACACAUCUCACUUCGAUCCGCGAGACGGGAAACUUGGACGCGCAUUCUGAUUCACACUUCCCUCCUCAAAGACUCACGUCAGCUGUUGUUUCCUGGGGCAGAGCGCUGACGCCUCGCCCAGCUGCAGCCGUGCCAAAACCCCCUAGCCUUGUACUCACCCCAACUACCGUGUGCAACCUCGAGGAGCUGGCGACAAAGCUGCAGAAGCCAGGGCCCAUACUGCUUCAUGGCCUGCCUGGCUCGGGAAAGACAUGUAUUGUCCAGGAGGCCGCGGCAGCACUUGGCACAAGCUCCGAUCUAGUAACUUUGCAUUUGAAUGAGCAGACCGACGCCAAGAUGCUCAUUGGUCUCUAUACAACGGACUCAAAGCCGGGGUCCUUUACUUGGAGACCAGGAAUUCUCACAACAGCCGUCAGAGAAGGCCGUUGGGUAUUGAUCGAAGACCUCGAUCGGGCCCCUACAGAGGUUAUGAGUACUUUGCUGCCACUUAUUGAGCGUAGGGAGCUUUUGAUCCCGAACCGUGGUGAUACUAUCCGGGCGCCAAGUAGCUUCCGUAUCUUUGCCACGGUGAGGACUUCACUGGGUAUGGAUGGUCAGGAGAAUCUCCCGUCGUUUCUGGGACAACGAUUUUGGCAGCUCAUGUCAGUUCGACAGCUACCGCAGCAGGAAUUACGGCAGAUAAUCGACGGGAAAUUUCCAAUUCUGAAGAGACUGUCUCCCUCUAUCCUUGAUGUGUUCAAUGGCCUCUCAACUCUGCUUCGAAAUCCUUCCUCGGCGUCAAUCAGCCGAGGCGCCGUGGAGCGCCCGGUCAACGCCCGAGACCUGUUCAAGUGGUGUCGUCGUCUUGAGCAGAUUUUGACAUCUGCGGGAAGCAGGACAAGCGAAGAUAAAAUUAGUGACACAACAGUGGAUCACAUGUUCAUGGAAGCGGUUGAUUGCUUCUUAGGUAGCAUCAAAAGCCCUGCGGUUAAAGAAGUUCUCGCACACAAGAUUGGCCAUGAGAUGCGCAUGCCCACAGAGCGCAUUUCGCACAUCCUACAGAGCCAUACUCCUGGCCUGGAAGAGAGCCAGACGCACCUUGUUGCUGGUCGCGCUGUUUUAUCGAAGAGCAGACGAUCCGGCCGGGUUGCCAAGACGAAGCGUCCCUUUGCGAGCACGGUCCAUGCACGGCGCUUGCUUGAGCAAAUCGCGGUAGCAACACAGAGAAGGGAGCCGAUACUGCUCGUGGGAGAGACUGGUAUCGGAAAGACCACAGUGGUUCAGCAGCUGGCAGACUCUUUGGGUCACAAGUUAGUUGCCGUAAAUCUUUCCCAGCAAAGCGAAGUUGGUGAUCUCCUGGGAGGGUUCAAACCUGUCAAUCCUGGCAGCCUGGCAAUACCGCUCAAGGAGGAGUUUGAGGAUCUGUUUGCUGCAACAGGCAUUUCAGCGGAGCGAAACCAAAAGUACCUCAGCCAAAUAUCCAAAUGUUUUGCCAAGGCUAGGUGGAAGGAGGUCUGUAAGCUUUGGAAGCAGGCACCCAAGAUGUUUGACGAAAUUAUACGGACAUUGCAAGAGAAGCAGAACAAGAGGGAAACCAAUGACGCAGAAGACCAGCCAGCAAAGAGAAGAAAAACCGGAACAUCCAAGCUGGAUUCUCUUAUGGGUCUCAAGCCUCGCUGGGGGAAAUUUUCGGAUAACCUUGACCAAUUUGAGAUACAAAUCUCGGGCGGCUCCAAUGGGUUUGCAUUUGCCUUCAGUGAGGGCAAUAUUAUCAAGGCCGUGCGAAACGGCGACUGGGUGCUCCUGGACGAGAUCAAUCUAGCAUCUCCCGACACACUGGAGAGUAUCGCAGAUCUCUUGCAGUCGGGCCCCAACGAUACACCUUCUAUUCUGCUUUCAGAGACAGGAGAUAUUGAAAGAAUCAAGGCCCACCCCGACUUUAGAAUUUUUGCUGCCAUGAAUCCGGCCACAGAUGUCGGCAAGAAGGACCUCCCAAUAGGUCUGCGCUCGCGAUUCACGGAGUUAUACGUCGGCAGCCCUGACCGAGACGUGAAAGACUUGGUGGUCAUCAUAAAGACAUACCUUCGCGGCAACAACAGUACCAUUGAUAAGGCUUGCGAUAAAGUGGCCAAUCUGUAUCUGACAAUCAAGAAACUUGCCGAGGAGAAGGCUUUGGUAGAUGGGGCCAAUGAGGUACCUCAUUUCAGCCUUCGUACAUUAACAAGAGUCCUAACAUACGUCAAUGACGUCGCACCCGUCUAUGGCGUCUAUCGCUCUCUAUUUGAGGGCUUCUGCAUGGGGUUUCUCACACUCCUUGACCGUAAGUCAGAGAGCCUCGUUCUACCCAUGAUCACGGAGCGCCUCUCUGAAAAAUCAGCAAAGCCACCAAAACGACCUGAAGACGGCAAGCCCUAUGUCAAAUUUGUUAGCAAGGAAAAGGACCGACAGUACUGGCUGCUUCAAGGGGCAGAAGAACCCAGGGAGCGACCUGACUAUAUCCGAACACGUUAUGUUGAACGCAAUUUGCUCAACUUGGUCCGCGCAACGUCCACAAGGAGGUUUCCCAUCUUAAUACAAGGACCGACAUCAGCAGGAAAGACCAGUAUGAUCGAGUAUCUAGCCAACUACAGCGGUAACAAGUUUGUGCGCAUCAACAAUCACGAGCACACGGACCUGCAGGAGUAUUUAGGUACCUAUGUCUCUGGAAACGAUGGCAAGCUGCGGUUCCAAGAGGGCAUCCUGGUUCAAGCUAUGCGACAGGGCUCCUGGAUCGUUCUAGAUGAGCUGAAUCUGGCGCCAACCGAUGUCCUGGAAGCUCUGAACCGUCUUCUGGAUGACAACCGAGAGCUUCUCAUACCAGAAACACAGGAGGUCGUGCGUCCCCAUGAGAAUUUCGUGCUUUUUGCAACACAAAAUCCGCCUGGUCUUUAUGGUGGUAGAAAGGUCCUGUCACGCGCCUUCCGCAAUAGAUUCCUUGAGCUGCACUUUGAUGAUAUUCCUGAAGACGAACUCGAGGAAAUUCUCCAGAGGAGAUGUCGCAACACGUCACCACCUGACUGCAGAAGGAUCGUUUCUGUCUACAAGGAGCUUUCACGUCUCCGGCAGACCAGCAGGGUCUUUGAACAGAAGGACAGUUUUGCAACCCUGAGAGAUCUUUUCAGGUGGGCCUUCCGUGCUGCCGAUAACCGGGAUCAGGUGGCGCAGAAUGGCUACAUGCUUCUUGCGGAGCGUGUUCGCAAUGAAGAAGAAAGGCUUGCCGUCAAGGGCGUGAUUGAGAGUGUUUUCAAGGUGAAGAUAGACUCCGAGAUCAUCUAUGACCAGCUGUUUUCACUUGAGAUGAAGAAGUAUGGCUUAGCUGCCAACAGUCAAGGGGUAACUUGGACUAGAGCAAUGCGUCGAUUGUUUGUGCUAGUGUCACAAGCUCUGCGAAACAACGAGCCUGUCAUCCUUGUGGGCGAGACUGGAUGUGGCAAAACGACAGUUUGUCAGCUACUGGCCGAGGCGGUAGCUAAGGAGUUGCAUAUAGUCAACGCCCACCAAAACACAGAGACUGGAGACCUACUGGGAUCGCAGCGUCCUGUGCGUAACCGCGGCGCCAUCAUCAAUGCUCUCAAGGAUGACCUUUCCGAGGCCUUGAAGGGUCUUGGACUUCCAAGCGACGGCUCCAUUGAGAAGUUGCUCCAGGAUUAUCAAACACUUUCGUCUGAUCAGAUUGCUUUGAUACCAGAAGAUAUCAGGGCAAGAAUAGCACACAAUGAUGCAAGGAGCAAGGCGCUUUUCGAGUGGUCGGAUGGCAGUCUGGUUCAAGCGAUGAAGUCUGGCGACUUUUUCCUGCUAGAUGAGAUUUCUCUCGCCGAUGAUUCGGUCCUCGAGAGACUCAACUCGAUACUUGAACCCGAGAGGACGCUGCUUCUGGCGGAGAAGGGCGUUGAUACCGAGUUAAUUCGAGCCAGCGAAGGCUUCCAGUUCUUUGCCACCAUGAAUCCGGGCGGGGAUUUCGGCAAGAAAGAGCUAUCGCCCGCCCUCAGGAAUCGUUUCACCGAGAUAUGGGUACCACCCCUUUCUGACAAGCAGGAUGUGCUAGAUAUCGUUUCCUCCAAGCUUAGCGAAGAAUUUGCGUCGCUCGCUACACCUAUUGUUGAAUUCUCCUACUGGUUCGGACAGACGUGUCGAGCUUCUUCAGCUACAGCAAUUUCAAUCCGAGAAAUCUUGGUUUGGGUUGCCUUUAUCAACCAGUGCUACCAUCAAAAACCAAGUUUUGCACUGGUCCACGGCGCCGCCACUGUCUUUGUUGAUACGCUAGGCGCCAAUCCAUCUGCUCUAGUGUCUGUUGACCCUAAGAGUAUCAGCGAGCAAAGACAGAUGUGUUUGUCGAAGCUGGGCACUCUACUAGGGGAUGAGGCGGGAGUUGCUUCCUUGUAUUACAACGAACCUGCACUUCAAAUCACAUCUAGCAGUCUCUGCAUUGGUGAUUUCAGCAUUCCGAGGGACGCAGCCCACAGCUCCGCGGCUGAGGCCAAUGGCUUCGCCUUCGAGGCGCGCACGACAAAGCUGAAUGCUAUGCGCGUCAUCCGCGCACUACAGAUCAACAAGCCAAUCCUUCUCGAAGGUAACCCCGGUGUAGGCAAGACCACACUUGUCAGUGCAAUAGCCGCAGCUUGUGGCAGGCCCUUGACUAGAAUCAACCUGUCCGAUCAGACCGACUUGAUGGACCUCUUUGGUACAGAUGUACCUGUUGAGGGCGCUGAGGCAGGCAACUUUGCUUGGAGAGAUGCUCCUUUUCUUCAAGCGAUGCAAAAGGGCGAAUGGGUCUUGUUGGACGAGAUGAACCUUGCGUCUCAGUCGGUACUAGAAGGCUUGAAUGCUUGCCUGGACCACCGUGGAGAAGUUUAUAUCUCCGAGCUCGAUCAAGUCUUCAAGCGGCAUCCCGACUUUCGGUUGUUUGCUGCCCAGAACCCUCACCAACAGGGUGGAGGGCGCAAAGGCCUGCCAAGUUCGUUUGUCAAUCGAUUCAUCGUUGUGUAUGCCGACGUCUUCACGGCGGAUGACUUGCUAAUAAUAGCAAGCAAGAGAGCAAAGGGUGUUUCCGACGAAAUCGUGGGCCAGAUGAUUCAUAUGAUAUCGACACUCGAUGACCACGUCGUUACCCAGAAGUCCUUUGGCUCGCAUGGUUCUCCAUGGGAAUUCAACUUGCGAGACACUUUGCGGUGGCUUGACCUUCUCGGGUCUCCCGAUUCCGCGCUUUGUGCAUCUCGUCCAGAGGACUUUUUCGACAUUGUCAUCCGCCAACGAUUCCGCACGCACUCUGACAGGCAAGAUGUUACCAAACUAUUCUGCAAUUCGUUCCACAGAGACCCUGAAGAGCACAGCCUUUUCCACAACAGCAGCUCACUCAUGACUCACGUGGGACAUGGAUUUCUUCGCCGAGACACUUCAUCCAACCCUGAUGUCCAGCGUCCUCCCUUCAACACGACCUCGCGAUUGAAAGAAAUCGAGUCCCUGUUGAUAUGUGUCAAGCAGAACCUGCCAUGCAUACUAGUAGGUCCUUCUGGCAGUGGAAAGUCCGCACUGCUGCAACAUGUUGCUGGAAUUGCGGGCAAGGAUCUGGUCGUCUUCCACCUGAAUGCAGAUGUUGACACCAUGGAUCUCGUGGGUGGUUUUGAGCAAGCGGACCCGGUCAGAGAAGUCCUUGCAACACUGGCAGAGAUACAGCGCUACCUCAGAUCUAGUCUGCUAUCGACCAGCUCAGAGGCCAUCAGCGAUUCUCUCGAGCUCCUUCGUCUACUCGAUGCCGCCCGAAGCCACAACUCUUUGAGUCUUGAUUUCUCGCCUGUCAUUCAGGCUAUCCAGCAACUCGCAUCCAAGGUCUCAGGAGAUUCUGAUCUCGGCUUGCUUUUGGAACGUGCAUUCUCGCAAUUAAACAAGCCACUGAGCCUCGAAAAUCCACGCUUUGAGUGGAUCGACGGCAUCAUUGUCAAGGCAGCACAGGCAGGUCACUGGUUAGUCCUUGACAAUGCAAACCUAUGCAGUGCGUCUGUACUGGAUCGGCUAAACUCUCUCCUUGAGCGACCUGGAGGCUUCCUGAGUAUCAACGAGCACAGUGGCCCCAACGGAGAGCCAAGGAUCAUAGUUCCCCACUCAGAAUUCCGUGUAUUCUUGACUAUGGACCCGCGAUACGGAGAGUUGUCUCGCGCGAUGAGGAACCGCUCGGUCGAGAUUUUCAUGGACCUCCCCGCCCCAGAAGUCGCCUCCUUCCUUCAGUAUCUUAGCCAUGUGGAGGCGAGCAUGCUUAGGUAUCAUGAAGUCGUACACGUGCUAGAUUCUGAGCCUAACCCGGACCAGCCCCAAAGUGUCGCACUUCUGGCGGCUGAUCAGCUGUCUCUGAGCGACUCGGCCAUCCUUUCACGCUUCUACGCAUCUCUGAGUGCUGGUAGACUCAGCUCUGUAAAGCUUUCCGACACUACCAACGGACAUAUCAGCUUCCUUCUCUCCUACAUUCGCAAUCAGAAUUCCUCCAAUAUUGCAUCGGCUUUAGGCACAGCCGUCUUCAACGCGUACAGCACACUCAGAGACUUGAUCCCAAUGACAGCGACGGAUCCUGGAGCAGUGCGUGCUCUGGUGGAAAUGCAACCAAUUCAUCCUUUACAAGACUCGAUCGUGGCAGCACUUGUCGAAAGUAAAAGCCAUGGGCAGUUGCAUUGGUUAGCCGUAUGCUUCGAGAUUUACCAAAGCAUCUGCACCGCCGAGGAAUCUAUGGCUGAUCAGAUGCGCUCUAUCAACAUCACGAAACCGUCUACUUUGAACAGACUGCAACGGUCAUGCAUUUCGAAACAAGUCGCCGUCGUGGCAAAGGACUCCACUGUAUCGAUUUCCGAAUUUCUCUCGUCUGUUCUUGAGGCAGUUAAGCAGUACAUUAGCUCCUCACUAGAUAACCCGACGGGUUGGCAGCAGAAGAGGAACGCACUCAGGCUGUUGAUGCACUACUGGUGGAGAACAUUCAGCCUUGCCACAAGCCAUACUUUCGAGGAGGCUACUUUCCAAGCACAUCUCUUGCUCGGCACAAAACUCAUAGAAUCCCUGCACAGUAAAAUCACAUCCCACGAGCAGGCAUUGAUUUCAAGAAUAUCAAGAGACUUCCAGUCGGCUUUCGAGUUUGGCUUCAAACUGACCACAGGAGUCAGCAUGGAGGUUCUGUGGAAUGUUUUCCGCCCGGUCCCCAUCCCUCACCUGCAGACGUUUGAGCAAGUCGUGGCCAUUGAGCGCCUCGCUCAGCGGUUUGACUCUCUAAAAUGGCAAGCCAAUGCGUCACCUGAUGACCUAGAGCAUGUCAUUUCGAGUCUAGUCAAGGCAUAUACUCUGGUCCGAAACUCAGCACCCGGCACUGGAGCCUUGCUCGAAGCUGUGACAGCAGAGAUAGUCUCGCUCGAGUCUAAAACUGAGGGAAGUGUUUCUACGCCUCCGAUAUUUUCCUCCCAAUUUGAGGCGUUGCGUAAGCAACUAGUCCUCCACAGCUGCCUUUCUGCAGAAGACCAACCCCAAUCAAGGGCAUGGCUCGCUCUGUGUGGAUUGCCCACCAUAUCUAGGAUGCGCCAUCAGAUCCCUCGCGGCCCUGCCAAGCUGCUGCAGUCCCUGGACUAUCUAUUGUGUCAAGACGCAGAGGUUCAUCCUUGGUCCGGCAACACUUCAUCUUCAGUUCUUCGUAAUGUCCACUCCGCACGGGUUGGGACAUUGUCUUCACUGCGUUCCCUGGAAACAGAAAUGCCUCUGUUAGGAUUUGCUCUUGCCACCACAGCCGAACAGAUAGCUGCGAAUCCCGUCAAGCAACUCAACAGAAUGCUCAGAGAGCUCUUGGAGCAAGCUAUUAUGGCCCAUGGUAGUCACUCGCAGACUGAGCUUGGGUCGGUUUUCGAUAAGCUCGAAAAUGUUGAAGCAUUGGCUCUUAAGCCGACAGACAAGUGGCUCAGCAACCAAAAGGCACGCCUUGCGUCGAUAUUCUCACGUGCAUCAACUGAUGCUGCCGAGGCCAUAAUGGCCAACAACUUCCUCGCGUCGAUGGCCGCCCUAGCAGCUUCAAGUGUGUCAAGUCAAUAUUUGCAGAGCGUUGGCUUCUCCGCAAUUGCCUGGGUACAGUUCGCCAUCGGCUGCUUGAGGCUCUACGUGCCCGACAAGGCCUUUGACCCUCAUCUUAGGGUAAAGAUAGAGAGGGAGAGCCACGAGCAGCUCCUUGAUUCGUUGCAACAGAAGCUUACUGCUCUCACCACGUUUGAUAACACGCUCACUGAUGGCUCUCCUUCCUUACGUACCGUCCGAACCAAGGAGGAGCUCGAAUCCAUCGGGCAUGGUCCCUCAAGGGCCCCUCCGAUAUUCAGACAAACAGCACAGGAGCAAAACCAGAUCCAGGGCGAGUUUAACAAUGUUCUCAACACCAUUGUCAAUCGUGAUGUUCCGUCAUCACAGCUUCGCGCGCUCGAGGAGGCGACCCAAGAGGCCAUCGAGGGGAUACAGCUAGUCAAGGACAACGUCGCUCAGCUCAUCAAUCGACUUGCCGGCCGGUCUGUAGCAUACCAAGACAUGACAGUACCAACAAUCAACCUGCUUCGCGCUCUUCAAGUGGGUCUCUCACUCUCCGACAGCUGCAUCGCCGAGGGCUCGAACAAAACUACCAACACAUUCUUCUCUGUUACGCCGCUUGUUGGUGGUACAUUAUGGACCCCAGGUACUCAGAAUCUUCAAACAAAGUCGUUGGAGUUUCUAUCUGUUGCGAAGGCCUAUGCCAGCGUUGAAGGCCUCGCCACCAUGAGUUCGGAGGCCCGACAAUCUGUCUUUGAGAGCUUCCACUACUUAUAUGAGGAGUGGAAUAAAAAGCUUGCAUCAGAGCGUAAGGCGGAAGAAGCAAAGAGCAGUCUUUAUCGUUUUAGAGGCAGCUUUGAGGACGAGGAAGAGCACGACCAGGCCGAGUUUAACGAGCUCUUCCCUGACUAUGAAGCCCCCGAGGACACGGCUGAACAGUCUUCCCGAACACAACCCCACAAAGUGCGAGACCUUUCGGUUCGACUGGCAAAGCUCCAUAGGGAGCUGUUUCUGUCCAAGCUUGCGCCUGAAGAUGAACUACAGCGAAUCUGCAAGGAGGUGGCUCGAACUGCCGCCAAGAGCAGCCAGAUUGACGUCAAUCUUCAAGUGAGAGACAAGAUGCUGCUUUCAUCUGCCAUACUUGUGGUUCAUGAAGAGCUUCAAGACCUAAAAUCCACCGUCAUUACCAACACAUACAACUUUUAUACGGAUGCCAAUCUGUCUGAAGCUCGUAGGCUCAUCGAGGUUGUGCACAGGACUCAGCUCAAGUUCCAGGAACUCCAGCGUGUGGAUGAGAUCGGUCAUCUCCAACCCCUUGCGGAUGUAGUCAACGCGUGCUCGCGCGUCCUGGAGCUGGGCUACGCCGACCCUCUCGCAAAGAUACUUCCAUCACUAGAAAAGCUACACGAGUCUUUGUACGAAUGGCAGUUUCGGGGCUAUGCCAGCCGUCAAUACAUCUCAGCCACUCUGUACGACAAAAUUACCGAGACGAUUGUGUCCUGGAGAAGGCUCGAGCUCUCUACAUGGGCCAAACUUUUCGAUUCAGAGUUGCAGAAGUGUCGGGAAGAUGCAGAUUCGUGGUACUUUGUCGCAUACCAAGCACUCAUUGCUGGGCCUCUGUCGCUCAUGGAGAAGGGCGUCGACCUACGUACUCACGCGCCUGCACUCCUGCAAGAGUUGGAGCAGUACUUUGUCAAUUCGAUUCUAGGAGAGUUCACCACCAGGCUCAACAUGCUGAAGCAGUUCCAAGCCCAUCUUGACCUUUUGGCCCUUGACUAUCCCGCGCUCGCUGCCAUAAGGGAUGCGUUGCGCAACUUUUUGACCUUCUACUCACGGUUCGAGAUCAAGGCCACAGAAGCCAUCCAGCGGGGCAGAUCAUCGCUGGAAAAGACAAUGAAGGAUGUGCUACUCAUGGCCAGCUGGAAAGACACGAACGUGGUGGCACUGAGAGAAAGCUCCCGCAAGUCACAUCUCAAGCUGUUCCGGCUCGUUCGAAAGUUCCGCGCCGUGCUUGGGCAGCCAAUGAGACCCAUCAUCGUGGAUCAAGGCCUCCCUGAUGAUGCACAGCUGGGUCUUCCUGAGUUGUUCGGUCACUCAGCAAAGCUGGUAUCAGGUCUGGACAUGGCCAAGCAUGGAGGUGAAACGCUUCAAGUCUGUCAGCAGCUUGAGAGUAAGUUGAGCAAAGACUCAAGCGCUAUACGGCUAUCAAGAGCCGAGCAUCUCGUUCACAAGAUGGCUCAAAUGAGCACCAUACCAGACUCGGCGGUCACAGCUGCUGAGCUUCUGGACGGCUUUAUGUCGGACACUAUUUCGUCCAUAGCAGAGCUGCGCAAAGAAACGCCGGGUUUUCUCACCGAGGAAAACAAGGCACAAGUCAAGCAUCUCAAGACCCGCAAGGUGAAGCUGUUCAACGACACCCUCAAAUCCAUCCGCCAGAUGGGCUUCAGCUACAAUCUCAGCCAGAGCCGACUGGCAAGACAAGCAUCCACCCCCGCCGUUCUUGCCUGUACGCAGCCUUUGCACAGGCUUGGAGCUGGUCAGAGUCUCGCUGAGUAUCAAUUCGACAAAUUUAUCGGUUUAGGUCCCAGAUGGCGCAGCGCUAUUCAUGACCAUCAUGGCGAUCUCAGUCGCGAUGUGAUCCAACGUAGUGCGGGUUACCUCGAAGGUAUUUUGCUUGUUGCACUGCAGCAGAGAGAAGUGCUUGGCGGCGAGAGCCAAGAACUUGGAAAUUAUGAGGAUACAGUACAGAGGAUAGUCAGCAUUGACAUUGUAACUGCGAACCGCUCGAGCCAAGAGGACAACUGCGUAGUUGUUUCGCAUCAAAUCACAGAGGACUUCCUGGAACGGUCGCUUCGUUGGCUCAUUCAGGUGCUCAGACUUGCAGUGCAAGUGGUUGAUGCACAUGCCACGUUGGGCAAACUUGACAACAAGCUCGCUAUGGAGGCAUUGCAGUCAUGGGUAUCUCGACUGUCGACACUCCAGGAGAGCCUGGAGGCCCAGCCCAGUCUUCCAACCGGUCUCUCAAGUGCUGUUGCCCAGGACACACGACAGCAAAUCCGCGAAGCCUUCUCCGCAGCUGAACAAGACAUGAACCGGCUCAGCAAGCAGAGGCCGGACCUGGCUUUCUUACUUGAUCAAGUCCCUCUCUGGACUAAUGUGCAAGCCACACAGCCGUCCAGACGACAAAAGUCUACGUCGUUGACUAGUCCUGAAACGAUAUACAGCGAGGUUCUGACCACGGUCCAAAAGGUUCUGAGCGCCUUGCAGAACCUAUCAAAAAACCUAGCCACACUACCUACAUCUGUUGAUGAUGCCUCUUGGCUUGUUGAGUACAGCACCGGUCUUUCCACCGCUCUCAGGUCCCUGCAUAUCAGCACCAUCAAUAAAGACCUCAGAAAAUGUCUUACAAAGCUUUCGUGCGUUCGAUUCGAUGAGCGCCAAGAGAGCUGCGCAGCAACCUCGCUGUUCAUCACAUCAAUGCCUAUUUUCCAGCAGUAUGCUGCGAUCUCUAGACAUAUAAUGGAAACGCUCGCGCACCUUCACCACUCUACAUGCAAGGUCGGGCAUCAAUUAGGGAAGUCCUUCCUGGAUAUUGCCUCCCACGGCUUCUGCAUGCCCCAAGAGAAGUCGGACGAAACCUCGGGUGACAAGGGCAAGAUGGAGGGAGGCAUAGGUCUCGGAGAUGGCGAAGGUGCCGAGAACAUCAGCAAGGAUAUUGGCGAAGAUGAGGACCUCUCCGAGCUGGCCCAAGAACCUAAUCAGCAGCAGAACAACGAGGAUAUGGAUGAUGAGGAGGACGCAAUCGAUAUGGGAACUGAUGAGAUGGAGGGAGACUUGGCCAGCGUGGGUGGUGGCGAUGACGAACAGGAUGGUGACAAGUCUGGGGAUGAGGACGGUGACGAAGACGAAAUGGACGAACAAGCCGGUGAUGUUGACGACCUUGAUCCCACGGCGGUGGACGAGAAGAUGUGGAACGACGACGGCGAGGAAGCAGACAAGGACCAGAAGGGUGACGCAGCCAGCGGCAAACAGCAAAAGGACGAAGAGGUCGGCGCCACUGACUCUAAAGCCAAGCAAGCCGAGGAACAGCAGCAAGGUGAAGAACCUGCAGAGGCAGAGGAAGCUGGGGAGGAGGCGGGCCCGCAGGAUGAGGAAGCCAAGCCGCAAGAGGAGCUCAACCAACAGGAUCAAAAUGUCCAGGAGAGUGAGGCGCUGGCUUUACCGGAUGAGAUGGAGCUGGACAAGGACGAUGGUGACGAUGAUGAUGGCGAUGACCUCGAUGACCUUCCCGAGCUUGAGAAUGAUCAGGCUGAGGCGCAAGGAAUGGAGACAGACUCUGAUAAUGAUGACAACAAUGACGGUACUACAGAAGCGCCGAAGGAAGCGGAAGGCAUCGAGGAUGAGAUAGCGAGUGAGGAUGAGAUAGGAAGUGAUGAGGAGGAUAUCGUCAAGGGCGAGGAUCAAAUGGACGAAGAUCCCAAAGAUGAGGCUGAGGCUGAUGAUCCGGACGCUCCAAAGGAAAAGGAAUCGGGACCGGACCAAGAUCAGGCCCGCGACAACAACGCAGAUCCAGAGAAUGCUGCUUCAAGCGACGUAAAGAGCGGGGGCGGCCAAGACCAGCACGACAAUCAGCAGGAGAACAGUGAAGACACGCAAGAAAAUGCCGGUCAACGGGACCAGGGCGACAUGACCGAGUCUGGAGCAGAUCAAAAUGCAUCCGCCGCAAGCCAGGGCAAGGUCUCAGGCAGAGAGGAAGCGCCGCAGCCAGAUGGCGAACAGGGUGCCGACUCAGUUGAACAGGAGUCUUUGCCGUUCAAAAAGCUGGGAGAUCUCCUUGAGAAAUGGUAUCGUAACAACAAAGAUAUCCGCGAGGCUACCAAAGACCAAGAGGAAGCAGAUACGAACCGCCAGGCUCAAGAACCCAAGGAUCAAGCUGCAAUGGAUGAGUUCCAGCAUCUGCAAGAUGAAAAUGCACCAGCAGAUACUCAGGCUCUCGGGGCUGCCACGGACGAAGAGGCAAAACCGAUCGAUGACUCCAUGGCGAUAGAUGACGAUGCCGAGGCGGACAAGGAUAAACCACAGCUGCUACCUGAUCAGAUGGAGGAUGAAGAGGAUGAUGCUAAAACGAUGCAAGAUGCCGCUGAAGAAAAUGCCGAUGAGGCUACUGGCGAUGAGAACAACAAUGCCGAGGACGGGAAAGGCAAGAACAGCAAAAACGACCGUGACCAAGGACGGUCUGGUGUUGCCACGCGGCAGGGAGCGUACCACCGAGACAAGACUGCAUCUCCUGAACCAGAGCCCGUUGAAGAAGCUCAAGACGUAGAUGCUGUCGACGGCGAAGUAGAACAAGAAGACGAAAUGGUGCAAGAGACUUCGACUCAACUUUCAGCAACCCACUUGGUUGACGAGAAAGCCGAGGAAUCGCCACCAAGAGACCUCGCCGAAUGCGUCGAGUCGUGGAGCAAGUUCCAGACCAAGACACACGGACUUUCGCUGUCCCUGGCCUCGCAGUUACGACUGAUCCUCACACCGUCGCAAGCCACCAAGCUCUCAGGCUCCCACCGUACAGGCAAGCGGCUCAACAUCAAGAAGAUCAUUCCAUACAUUGCGUCAGGCUACAAACGCGACAAGAUCUGGAUGCGUCGGAGCGUGCCUACCAAGCGUACCUACCAGAUACUUCUUUGUGUCGAUGACAGUCUGAGUAUGGGCAACAUCGGCAUGACUCCUUCUCAGGCUGCAGCUUCUGGCGGUGUGGUUGCUGCCAAGGAUGCCGAGGUUGAAGGCCCCGGCGCACUUGCACUCGAAUCGCUGGUCAUGGUAUCGCGUGCCCUCAACAUGCUCGAGGUCGGCCAGGUCGGCGUUCUCGGCUUCGGAUCCUCCGUCUUUGUCGCCCACGAGCUCGCCGAGCCUUUCUCCACCCUCGACGCCGGCGCCCGCGUCUUGCAGAACUUCUGCUUCAAGCAGGACGGCACCGACGUCGCCCUCCUGAUGCGCCGCAUAAUCGACCACUUCACCACGGCCAGGCUGCAGAGUUCGUCCUCGUCGGGCCAGCAGGACCUGUGGCAGCUGGCGCUGGUCAUGUCGGACGGCCUGACGCCGUCGUCGACCCACGACCGUAUCCGUCGGCUGCUGCGCGAGGCCAUGGAGGAGCGCAUCAUGGUGGUAUUUAUCGUCAUGGACGACCCCACCGCCACGGGCAAGAAGGGAGACAGCGUCCUGGACCUCAAGGAGGCCAAGUUUGUCAAGGACGAGGCCGGCAACAGCCGCGUCGUUCUCGAGCGGUACCUCGAUACCUUUCCCUUCCCAUACUAUCUCAUCGUGCAUCAUCUCGACGACCUGCCGAAUGCGUUGGCCGGCCUGUUGAGGACAUGGUUUGCGGAAGUGAAUGCUUGA